AAAGUGUGUGUGUGUGUGAGAGAGAGAGAGAGAGAGAGAGAGAGAGAGAGAGAGAGAGGGGGAAGAUCCUGUUGAAGACUUCCUGAAUGGGCCACAAUGCCGGGGUGGAGAGGAACAACAGCGCGAGAAGAAUGAGAGACUUCACCAGCACACAGGUGCCCAGUUUCUCUUUUCCCAAUUGGAGACGUUGAGAAUGGAUGAGGAUUCUGUUCUGCCAGGCAUGGAUUUUGUCCAGCAUGAAUGUCUGCUUGUGAAAAGGGAUCUAUGAAGAUAACACCGCAAGUCUUCAGCUGAUGCACCUCUACCUGACGUGUCUAUUAGUAAGAAAAGAUCAGCCAAAAGGAGCUUCAUAGGAUAGACAACAUGUGUCAUGUCAUAGUAACGUGCCGGUCUAUGCUUUGGACCUUGUUGAGCAUUGUGGUGGCAUUUGCUGAGCUGGUGGCCAUCAUGAGUGCUGAUUGGUUAGUAGGGGUACACCACCCUUCUCAGUACAACGCCUCAUCUACUGGACCUCCAGACCCUAAACCACCUACGCUUGGCCUCUACAGCCGCUGCAUCCGAGUCUCACAACAGAAGACGGUUCAGUGCGGCCCAUACGCUGCAGACUUUACAGAGAUCGCAAGUGGAUUUUGGCAGGCCUCCAUUAUAUUCCUGGUUGUUGGAAUCUUCCUGCUGUCCAUAGUGGGAUUCCUCGCAGUCUUUAGCAUGUGCUUUCAGAGCAUCCUGGGGAAAAGCAUCUUUAAUGUGUGUGGCCUGCUUCAAGGCAUAGCAGGUCUCUUCCUGAUGCUCGGACUGAUGCUCUACCCAGCAGGCUUUGGCUGUGAUAAGGUGGUCAGCUACUGCGGUUCUGAAGCUUCCCCGUAUAAACCGGGUCAGUGUUCAGUAGGCUGGGCUCUCUACACUGCAAUAGGAGGGACGGUGCUCACUUUCAUCUGCGCCAUGUUCUCCGCCCAAGCCGAGAUCGCCACCUCCAGCGACAAGGUGCAAGAUGAGAUAGACGAAGGCAGGACGCUCAUCUGUGUGCUGUGAAACGUCUCGCUACAGGAGGAACGCUUCUCUCAGAGUUAAUAGCUGAACGUUGGCGUCGUUUUGCUGUAACCGCUCGUUUGCUGUAAGGGCUCACUGAUAAGGCCACGAUGUUACACGGUGCUCUCUUUUUGAUCGAUUGGUAAGAGAGUGUAGCCGGAUGAUAGUUGUAAUGAUCGUAAUAACAAUUGUAAAGCAUAUAAAAGGUUAGAAUGUUAGGGUGUGAAGUAUGAAGUACGAAUAUACUGUAAGCAGGUGCCUAGUGCGUGUAUCCUACUUAUUAGGAACAUACAUUUUUCUAAAUAACUUGAUUUGGGAGCAUACUGAGGCGCAUUAUCUGAGGUGAAGCUAUGAUUACGGAGGGCUUUAUAGCCUCUACAUCAAGGAAAGCAGCAUGAACAAGUUUCCGUGGCUUCUGAAUUUCAUUUAUUCCUCUUUAUGUACUUGUAUUUAGCCCAGAUAAUCCACUUAGAGCUCAAGGAGUGACUAAUAUUUUGUACUGAUUGUAUCCCACAGUGUUAGAAACAGAGAUCGUUCUCUGUCCAUAAAGGUACAAAAAGCCAUGAGUGCAACAUCUGUGACACAAUAUGUGAGCCCAUUUGCUAAUAUUUUUCUUUGUUUCUUUCUUUUCUUUCUCCCCACCCCCCUCUUUUUUUUUUAUUAAGGUAUCCAGUCAUUCCUGAGGUUACAAGGGUUGUCAUAGAGGGUAGGUCUAACGCUCCAGGGACAAACCGUGUGUUCUUUAGAGUAGGUCAAACCUCGUUUAUUUUUAGCUUUAACUAUACUUAGUUCUUUUUAGUUGUGAUGGCAACAGGCAACAUACCUAGUGCAAAAAAUAAUGCUGCAUUUCAUUCUUCCCGUUCACACACGCGCGCGUUUAUCAAACUGUUUUGACCAGGAGCUCGAUAGAUCUUUCUCAUAUAACUCGAUGCCUUUAUUUUUCCCCCCAUGUAUUUGUUAUAUUAACAAACAUAUUUUGUGUGUGUGUGUGUGUGUUUUUUUUCUUCCAAUUUUAUUUGAUAUCUGUUGCUGUGCUUUUAGUGAGCAGUAUGAAUUAAAGCUUUAGAUUUAAA